AUGGAGAGAUCAAGUUCGAGGAAGCGGAAAGCGGUGACCAAAGAUGUGGAACAGGACGCUGCGGUAGCUUCAGGUGACGAGUUUGAGUUUGGACAGCUAGACGGCUCUCUUCGUGAUGGAGACAGCGACCUCGACAUUGGCGACAGUGAUAUGGAAUCGGUCGCAGGUUCUUCGGAUAUCACAGGCUCAGGGAGUCAGGAUGAUGGCGUGACAAGUUCCAUAGAAGAGGAAGGUGAAAAUGGUGGACUGGAGCGGAAAAGGAUCGAUAUUGCCAUCGACGACAGCCCGUUCGCAGCCGAUACACUCAAGGAUGAAGAUGAGCACACGGACUUCAAGGUGGUGAAGGAUGCGAACGGCAACGACAGGUUUAUCUAUCCUGAAAUCGAUCCAGGGGAUGAUUCAGAUUACUCUGUGCCUGACGACGAAGCUAACACUAUCGGCGAUAUUCCUCUCUCCUUCUACGAGUCUUUCCCUCACAUUGGCUACAACAUCAAUGGCAAGAAGAUUAUGCGUCCCGCGACCGGUCAAGCACUUGAUGCACUUCUCGACAGUAUAGACAUCCCGAAGGGUUAUACGGGCUUAACUGAUCCCAAUACUGGCAAGCCGCUGCAAUUGAGCAAAGAUGAGCUCGAACUCCUGCGAAAGAUCCAAACCAACGAAGCAACCGAGGCAGGCUAUAAUCCAUACGAACCGACCGUUGAAUGGUUCACGAGCCAAGUCGAGAUCAUGCCUCUCAAUGCUGCUCCUGAGCCCAAGCGACGAUUUGUUCCAUCGAAACAUGAGCAAAAGAGGGUCAUGAAAAUAGUCAAGGCAAUCCGAGAAGGUCGCAUUCAGCCGUAUAGAGCACCCGAGGACGAGGAAGUCGAAGAGGACGACAUGCCUAAUUACGACAUCUGGGCAAAUGAGAUACCUCGCGUCGAUCAUGCUAUGCACAUGCCAGCCCCGAAACUGCCUCCACCUGGCUUCGACGAGAGCUACCAUCCUCCGCCUGAGUAUCUGCCUGACGAGAAGGAGAAGAAAGAUUGGGAACAAGCAGAUGAAGAAGAUCGAGAAAAGGACUUUUUACCGACCGACCACACCGCGUUACGAAGAGUACCUGGCUAUGGUCGUUUCCUCAAGGAAAAGUUCGAACGAUGCCUGGAUCUCUAUCUCGCGCCCCGUGUGCGGCGUACCAAGUUGAAUAUCGACCCUGAAUCUCUAUUGCCGAAGUUACCCAAUCCAGACGAUCUGAGACCAUUCCCUAGCCACCAUUCGACCAUAUUCAGGGGCCAUGACGGUCGUGUCAGAUCCGUGUCUGUUGACCCAUCUGGGAGCUAUGUCGCUACUGGCGGUGAUGAUGGUACAGCUCGUGUAUGGUCUAUCGUGGAUGCACGCCAAGUGUGGUCUGUGAAGUUUGGCAAAGAUGAUCCUGUGAACGUCGUGAGAUGGAGAUCUGGCAAGGACCACCUCAUCCUUGCCAUUGCAGCUGGCGAUAACGUGUAUCUCGCCGCUCCUCAGAUUCCAGAAGGCCUUACAUCGGAAAUCGGCACCGCUAGUCAAGCUAUUCUGGAUGCAGGAUGGGGUCAUGCUGUCAAUGGCUCAUCGACAAAAUCUUCGGUCGCCUGGACGCGACCUACCACUACCCAUCAAGCAAAAGGAGUAUCUGUUUGCAUAUCGCUUAACCAUACCGCUAAAUCGAUUUCUUGGCAUCCUGCAGGCAAUCACUUAGUCGUUGUAUGCCCUUCUACCACUGUUCCAGCCUCUCAUGCAGUCAGCAUUCACACUCUGUCCAAACACCAAACUCAGCUUCCGUUUCGCAAGCGCGUAAAAGGUGGUGGUACACCGCAGACGGCACAUUUCCAUCCCACAAAACCAGUAUUGUUUGUGGCUAACCAGCGUGUCAUUCGUUCAUAUGAUCUUGCAAGACAGUCACUGCUGAAGAUUGUACAGCCAGGUGCUAGGUGGAUUUCCAGCUUUGCUCUGCACCCAACUUCGUCAACUAUCUCCGGCUCGGACAAUCUUAUUGUUGGAUCCUACGAUCGUCGUCUCCUGUGGAUGGACCUUGACCUCAGUCCUCACCCCUACAAGCAGUUACGGUACCACGACAAGGCUAUUCGCGCCGUAGGGUUCCAUCCCAACAUCAAUCGAUACCCACUGUUUGCUGAUGCGAGUGACGAUGGCAGUAUCCAGGUCUUCCAUGGCCUAGUCACAAGCGAUAUGAUGAGUAAUGCUACUAUAGUCCCAUUGAAAGUCCUAAAGGGGCACAAGGUUGGCAGCAGUGGUCUAGGCGUCAUGGAUUUGUGCUGGCAUCCGACAGAGCCAUGGUUGUUCAGUGCAGGGGCUGAUGGGACGGCAAGGUUAUGGACGAGUUGA